GUAUCAAAGCUGUGUGAAGGAAGGAAAGUCUUGAUAGUAGAAUUUUUUCUUUUUUAUUAAUAUAGUCUUAUUUCACUCAGAUCAGAAAGCUUCAAUCCAACCCCAUCACAAAUCUGGAUUCAUUUUCUUACAACUCUUCUCAUUCAUACCAAACUUUCUCUCCAACUCCAAGUUUUGAUCCAAAAAAUCCAAGAUGGGCUUAAUCAAAAUCAGUCAAAAGUUCAUAACCCAGGUGACCCCUCAGAGGAUGUUCAAUGCCCUGAUCCUUGAUUCUCACAAUCUUUGUCCCAAGCUUAUGUUUUCCUCAAUCAAAAGCAUUGAGUUUCUUGAAGGUGAAGGCGAAGUUGGCAGCAUCAAACAGAUCAAUUUCACCGAAGCAAGUCCUUUAAAAUAUAUAAAGCACAGGAUUGAUGCUUUGGAUAAGGAAGCUCUGAUGUGCAAAUUCACAUUGAUAGAAGGGGAUCAGUUGAUUGACAAGCUUGAGUAUGUGAGUUAUGAGGUUCAGUUUGAGGGGUAUGGAAGAGGAGGGUGUGUUUGUAAAUUGACAAGCGAGUACAAAGCCAAAGAAGGCAUUGAGAUCAAAGAAGAGGACAUUGAGCAUGGAAAAGAUAGAGCUAUUGGCAUGUAUGAAGUUAUUGAGGCCUAUCUCAUGGCUCAUCCUCGUGCCUACACUUGAAUACUACACACACACACACACAAAAGUUCUUUGUUUUCUUUUCCUUUAAAAAGAGCUUUAUGUUCUUACAAAAAUAAAUAAAACUUUAUGCUAUUUGAUCUUUUUGUUGCCUUGGUGUACUGUGACGAUGAAAUCUAGUACAGUCUUGAAUAUUGAUCUUCUGUAA